AAAAAUAGGCGUAAAUAGCACAUUUGCAAUAUUUGUGAGUGCGAGUGUCGGCUGUGUUCAUCUGCUGUCAAAGGUUAGGACUCAUACGAGAAUUUUGCACGCUAACUGAAAAGCAAUGCCAACGAAGAAGGUCGUGUCAUCCAAAGAGUACUCCAAGGCCGGCUGGGCAGCUGUUUCGGCAGUUUCUGGACCUCCAUGGGCGGUGCUGCUGUUGGGCGUCAUUUUGUUUUGCAGCAUCAGCCUUGGGAAUGUCGAAGGCCUCAAGUGCCACAUGUGCGGCCAGUACAACGAGGGCGUGGGCUCGAUAACACCCUGCACGAACUAUUCCAAGGAGAUUGCGCAUCUCUAUCUCAAGGAAUGCACCAAGAAGAGUGAAAAAUUCUGUGUGAAAUAUGUGAGCGAGUUAUCAACUGUGCGCGAUUGUGCUACUGAGUGUGUCGAAAAAGAAAUUUGGGAAACCCAGACCUAUUGCUGCACAGAGGAUGGUUGUAACUCCAGUGACCUUGUGAAAUACACCAUAGUUUUGCUGGCCAUUCCAAUCUUUAUAUGGUUAUUUUAGACGAUAUCAUGAAAGCGUCAAGAGCAAUGUUAUGAUAAUUUCAUAGAUAUUAAAAUUUUUACCCAUAUUCAUUUUUUUUAUUGAAGGCAUUGGAUACGUAUAGUAAACCAUGUUUUGUUGUUAAUCUUUUCAAACACAAAUUCUGUAAAUGGGACCUACGAAAAAAACGUUUAUUAAUGAAGAAAAAGUAUUAAAUGCUACUUAAAACAUCCAACCAAUUAAUUGGAAACAAUUUUAAGUUUACUUAAGCUGUCCAAAGAAAAUUUGUUUUUAUAUUAAAAGAAUACUUUACAUUUGAGGAAACAUUUUUAGAGAUUUAAUGUUAUGCUGUGCCCUUUUUUUUUUUAAAUUGACAGCUAAGCUUCCAAAUUAGUAAUAGUUUAAUGUGAAAAUUCUAAAAUUAUAUGAAUUGACUCACAUAUAGAAAUUUGAAAACAAAUUCAAUAAAAAACAUGCC